UCCCAAACAGGUCAAUUAUUAAUUUAAAGAGGCAGUAGUGCUACUACAACUCGUUCAGCUCAACUCUGAGCACGCCUCGUCUUCCUCGUCAACCCCGGCGGAGAUGAACGGCAACGAAGAGGCUGAGGCGCUGAUGAGCUCAAGAACGUGACGCCGCGCGUACCUCGCGUUCAGUUGGCUCACACACAACUGCAACUGCAGCGCUCGCUCUUCCCAAACCACAAGACCCGCCUCCUGAUCCGUCCGUAGGUGAGCCAUGCAAAGCUCGCCGCGCCCUAGUCCGUUGCACACUUCAUCAAAGCUACAAAUAGCGGCGGUGCACCAAGCCACACUUCCCAAGCAAGCCAGCAGAGCAGGGAGAAGCCUCAGCCUCCACGUCCACAACACCAGGAGCAGGAGCACGUCCGGCAGGCAACAACAAUGGCGGCGCUAGAGGCGGCCACCACCAGCACCGUCCCGCGCGCGCUCCUCGCCGCGUGCCUCGUCCUGCUGGUCCUCGGCGGCGGCCCGUCGUCGUCGGUGCAGGCGCAGGGCGGCGGCGGGCUGUGCCUGCCGCAGCUGAACGGCCUCCUGGCGUGCCGCGCGUACCUGGUGCCCGGCGCGCCGGACCCAAGCGCCGACUGCUGCAGCGCGCUGAGCGCCGUGUCGCACGAGUGCGCCUGCAGCACCAUGGGCAUCAUCAACAGCCUCCCCGGCCGCUGCAACCUCGCCCAAGUCAACUGCUCCGCUUGAAAGCAGGAGCGAGCUGCCACGGAUGCUGCUGCAAUGCGUGCAGGGAAGAGGAAUAAGAAGGGUUUUCCAUUUCACAGUUGAGAGUAGCAGCCGAGCUCCACUGCUCCAGCUUUUGUCUUGACCACCGCCGGCAUCGCCCAACGUUGUUGUCGUUGUUUUCUUUCGAUAUUCAGAGACUGUCUUCCGGGUCUAUAUCAUCACCAUAAAUAAAAUAAGUAAAACCAAACCAUGCAUGACCAUCAUGCAACCUCUUCUAUCGUACACUUCCCUUGUGAUGCCUGUUCAUUUUGAUAUCAGAGACCUUCUUUACUUGGAAAUUUUUUU